GCUGAGAUGGCCGUGGCAGCUACAGUACCCUUCACUCACCUCUGUACCAUGCUUGAUUGUUGUUCCAGGUGCUGAGAUGGCCGUGGCAGCUACAGUACCCUUCACCCACCUCUGUACCAUGCUGGAGGGGGUGGACAGGGCAAAGGGCAAGGACAACAAGAAGAAAGUCUUCAAGGAGUUCCUUGACAAGUGGAGAGAGUUUCACAACUCUGUGCACAAGGAUGAUCCAAACACUGAGGAUUCCUUCUACCCAGCCAUGAGACUCAUCCUACCACAGUGUGAGAGGGAGAGGAUCGCUUAUGGCAUCAAAGAGUUUACCCUUGCAAAGUACUACAUCGAGAUCCUGGGUUUGGCCAAAGACAGCCCAGAUGCACUGAAACUGCUGAAGUACAGGGCACCUUCACAUGCUAAAGGGGAAGCGGGUGAUUUUGCAGCUGUUGCCUACUUUGUCCUGAAGAACAGGUGUCCAGAGAAGGGCAGUUUGACAAUUCAGGAGGUCAAUGACCUGUUGGACUCCAUCGCGACAAACAAUGCAGCCAAGAACAAGGAGGAAGUGAGAAGGAGCAUCCUGAAACUACUCAGGAGUACCUCAGCCAUGGAACAGAAAUGGCUGAUAAGGAUGAUAAUGAAGGAGUUGAAGAUGGGAAUGAACCAGGCUGGAGUGUUUGCAGUUUUCCACCCUGAUGCAGAGGACUUGUUCAACGUCACCAACAGUCUGGCCAAGGUGUGUACUGACCUGAGAGAUCCCCAUGUGCGGCUGAAUGAGAUUGCCAUCAGUCUGUUCUCACCAUUCAAACCUAUGCUGGGACAGAGGAUACCACUGGAUGGGGUAGAAAAGGAGAUGCACCAUGAGAUGUUCUACAUAGAGACCAAGUUUGAUGGUGAGAGGAUGUUGUUACACAAGGAUGGAGACACUUACAAGUACUUCUCCAGAUCUGGGAAAGACUACACUCAUCAGUUUGGUGCCCACCCACUGGAAGGCAGUCUCACUCCAUACAUACAUAAUUCUUUUGCCAGUCACGUGAAGUCCUGUAUCCUGGAUGGAGAAAUGGUGGGCUACAACCCACAAACUAAGUCCAUCAUGUCUAAAGGAGAUAAAUUUGACAUAAAAAAUAUGGCAGAAGACAGUGACUUACAGACCAUGUACUGUGUGUUUGACAUCCUACUGCUGAAUGGACAGAAGUUUGCCAACAGUCCUCUUCGAGAAAGGGUGGACUAUCUUGACAAACUGUUCACACCAAUUGAGGGCCGUUUAUUUCUGGGAGACAGGAAGGAGGCAAGAACAAAGGCUGAGGUAAUUGAUGCCUUGAAUGAAGCCAUUGACAGGAGAGAAGAAGGACUGGUCAUCAAGUACCCAGGGUCCAAGUACGCUCCAGACAAGAGAAAGGGAAGUGGUUGGUUGAAGGUGAAGCCUGAGUAUGUGGAUGGACUGAUGGACCAGGUAGAUGUUGUGAUUGUAGGUGGCUACUUUGGUAAAGGGCGUCGCAGUCACAUGAUCUCCCACUUCCUGUGUGCGGUUGCUGUCCAGUCGACCACUCCGGGAGAGAAGCCUGCACUCUUCCACACUUUCUGUAGGGUUGGAUCAGGUUACACACUGAAGGAACUGUACCAGAUGGGGCAGAAGCUCCACCCACAUUGGAGGGUCUUUGACAAGAAGAAGCCACCCAAAACCAACAUCAUGUUUCCCUCUGGUUACAAGGAAGCCCCUGAUGUGUGGAUUGAUCCAGAACAGUCACUUAUUGUUCAGAUCAAAGCUGCAGAGAUCAUUGAGAGUGACAAAUUUAAGACAGGAUGUACUCUACGUUUCCCACGUCUGGAGAAAGUGCGGGAUGACAAGGAGUGGUUUGACUGUAUGACCCUGGAGGAACUGGAUGACAUGAGAAAGAAUGCGGAGGGGAAGCUUGCCUCCAGGCAUGCUGGGAUAGAUGACAGCGGUGAGCCGGCUAAGAAGAAGCGUCGGACGGUGGUUCGUGUGGAGAAGCCGAUCACGGUCGCUCCGCAGUUCAAGGCAGCAGACACUUCCAAAGUGCAGCAGGUUUCUACCAUAUUUGAAGACAGAGAGUUCUGUAUCAUCAACGGUCCUCCCGAGCAUGGGAAGGCAGACCUGGAGAAGAAGGUGGUGGCGUACGGAGGCACGGUCGUCCAGGCUCCGGGACCUGACACUGCCUGUGUGCUCGCUCAUAAGGUCAAUGUCAGGGUCAACAACAUCAUAAGUGGUGGCAAGUAUGAUGUUGUCAAGGCGGAAUGGCUUCUGAGAUGUUGGGAGGAGAAGCGGAGUGUUCCCUGGCUGCCCUCCCACAUGAUCCACAUGUCCCCUGACACCGCCGCACGGUUCGCUCUGCAGUUUGAUCGCCAUGGAGACAGCUUCACUGAUGACGCAACUGUGAACAGUAUGAAGGAGGUCUUUGAAAAGAUCGGGGAAGAGAAAUCAAGCUCCAAGGUCACCAGCAUGGACAUUGCAGAAAUGGAGGAAAAGUAUUUCCCUAAUGAAUCACCCUUGGGGCUAUUCAGGCUCUGUAGGCUGUAUGUGGACAACUGUCAUGUCAUCGGGGACCAGUCUACUAGGAUGAAAGACUGUCCGUUGGACCUGGUAGCUCUGGAGGUUCGUUUUCAUGGAGCAACAGUCAGCCCUAUCCUGGACAGUGAUGUUAGUCAUGUGCUGUUCCACAACAGUGACUUGAGCAGACUGGAUGAAGUGAAGGCCUUAAGAAGACAGAGGACAAAGAAGCACCAUCUUGUGACACCAGAGUGGGUUAGUGACUGUCUUCAGGCUGGAGCUAUCCUGACAGAGAGGGACUACGAACCUGACAUCACUAAAGACUCAACGUAACACUUACAAUAAUGUAUGUCCAAAAUACAGCUUUCUUAGUUUGUUGUCAUGUUGAGUUGGACUUCAAGUUUGUUGUUACCUCAGGGUUUGAUUCACAAUGUUUCCUUCUGCAUACACGUACAGAAAAGAGCAAGAGGGAUGAUAUCAGCAUUACAUUUAAAUGGAAACUUUCUACUUUAAUAGCAAAUAAUUAGAAAAACUCUAAAAAUUAAAAACUCAAUUAAGAACAACAAUACAGUAUAUGUGUUUGUACUUAUUAAAACAUUGUGAGCCUGAUUUUAGUACUUGGACUACAUGUCAACCAAGGAUUAUCAUUUGGGCCCCAAAGCAAAAAAUUGAAGAUCACUGUACUCUCCUCACAUAUGUCAGGGUUAUCUGCAGUACUUGAGUUAUUACCACAUUUUGUUUUGUUACAUUAUCCAUUCAUUUAUCUGAUUAAAAACUUGGAACCCCUG